UUGGGGCUUUCGUUUUGUAUUCGGUUCGAUUCGCUUCAGAAUCUGGCAUUGUUUCUUUGGUUUCGGCUCAAAUUGUUCUCGUUUGCGUUCAAAUUCUUGGAUGUCUGGUGUGGAGACUACAGGAGAUACGAGGAAGGGUGAAGACGGUCCUAGCUCUUCGUUGGAAAGAGCAAAAGCUGAUGACUUUGGGAUAUCGAUUUCAAAGAUUGUCGUGGCGCAGAUUUGCGAGAGUGUUGGUUACCAGGGAUAUAAAGAGUUUGCUUUGGAGGCUCUUACAGAUAUCUCGAUUUGGUAUCCCUGUGACUUGGCAAAAAAUGCAAGUUUUCAUGCUAAUUUAGAUGGUAGGACAGAAUGCGAUGUGCUUGACAUAACACGGGCUUUAGAAGAUUUGGGAGAUUCACAUGGGUUUCCGGGUGCUUCAGAGACUGGGAAUUGUCUUGUAGACUCCUGGAUAGUUAAGGAAAUAACUCAGUUUAUGGAUACGAAAGAGGAAAUCCCAUUUGCUCAGCCAGUGCCCAAGUUUCCAGUUGUUAGGAACGAGAAGCUGGUUCCUAGUUUCAAGCAUAUGAAUGAAGCCCCGCCUGGAAAGCAUAUCCCAAGUUGGUUGCCGGCUUUUCCUGAUCCCCACACUUAUAAUCAUACACCUAUGUGGACUGAGAGGGCAUCGAAUCCUUGUGCCGAUAAGAUUGAGCAAGCACGGCGGCAAAUAAAGGCUGAGAGGGCUUUGCUGAGGCUGCAACAGAGAUUUGUCUUGGUUGUUUGCACAAUUCUUCCCAAGGAAGCAAUAAUUUCCGAUAGUAUAAUAUUCUUGUUGAUUGGUGAUAGUGUGCAUGCUUGCUACUGGAUGUCAAUGUUGAUCAUGAGAGGAUAG